AUGGAUUUAACUUUUUUCCUGGUAAUGCUGUUUUCUCUAUGUGGGGGACAAGUGGAUCUCAGGGACAAUCAACGUAAAGUUCUGCUUAUAGCAGCAGUUAUGGCUAUCCACCUAGUUCUUUUGGGAGAACUAUUACUGAUGGACAGGCUGUAUUUGGCAAUGAUACUUUCUGUAAAUGAUGAUGAUUUUGAGCCAUACUUAAGUAGCCAGACAAAUCAGAGUAACAGCUAUCCACCAAUGUCAGAUCCAUACGUGCCUAGUUACUAUGCUCCAUCCAUUGGAUUUCUAUAUUCUCUUGGGGAAGCAGCAUGGUCCACAACUGGAGACCAACCUAUGCCAUAUCUGACAACUUAUGGACAAAUGAGUAAUGGAGGACAUCAUUAUAUACCAGAUGGACACGCGACUGAGCCCGGCGAGCUCCGGAGGCGGACCCGAGGGGCGGGAAGACCUAAAGGGCAAGGAAGUAAAGUUUCAGUACAAAAUGGUUCCAUUCAUGAAAAAGAUGCUGUAAAUGAUGAUGAUUUUGAGCCAUACUUAAGUAGCCAGACAAAUCAGAGUAACAGCUAUCCACCAACGCCAGAUCCAUACAUGCCUAGUUACUAUGCUCCAUCCAUUGGAUUUCCAUAUUCUCUUGGGGAAGCAGCAUGGUCCACAGCUGGAGACCAACCUAUGCCAUAUCUGACAACUUAUGGACAAAUGAGUAAUGGAGAACAUCAUUAUAUACCAGAUGGUGUGUUUAGUCAACCUGGGGCAUUAGGAAAUACCCCUCCAUUUCUUGGUCAGCAUGGAUUUAACUUUUUUCCUGGUAAUGCUGAUUUCUCUACGUGGGGGACAAGUAGAUCUCAGGGACAAUCAAUGCAAAGUUCUGCUUAUAGUAGCAGUUAUGGCUAUCCACCUAGUUCUCUUGGGAGAGCUAUUACUGAUGGACAGGCUGGAUUUGGCAAUGAUACUUUGAGUAAGGUGCCUGGCAUUAGCAGUAUUGAGCAAGGCAUGACGGGACUGAAAAUUGGUGGUGACCUGACAGCUGCAGUGACAAAAACUGUAGGUACAGCCUUGAGCAGCAGUGGUAUGACUAGCAUUGCAACCAAUAGUAUGCCCCCAGUUAGCAGUGCAGCACCUAAACCAACCUCCUGGGCCGCCAUUGCCAGAACGCCUGCCAAACCUCAACCGAAACUUAAACCCAAGGGCAAUGUAGGAAUUGGGGGUUCUGCAGUGCCACCACCUCCUAUAAAACACAACAUGAAUAUUGGAACUUGGGAUGAAAAAGGGUUGGUGGUAAAGGCACCACCAACCCAAUCAGUUCUGCCUCCUCAAACUAUAAUUCAGCAGUCUCAGCCAUUAAUUCAACCACCAUCAUUGGUGCAAAGCCAGCUGCCUCAACAGCAGCCUCAGCCACCGCUCAAAAUUUUGAGUAAAUGUACCUCAGUCUAA